AUGUCGCGGCGUUCUCAAGUCAGGGAAGACCAGUUUGUUGGCCCAUACCGCUUGGAGAAAACUCUGGGCAAAGGGCAGACUGGUACCAGUUUAGUAAAAAUGGGUGUCCAUUGCAUUAGUGGCAGGAAAGUAGCUGUGAAGAUUGUCAAUCGGGAAAAACUCAGCGAAAAUGUUCUGCAGAAAGUUGAACGUGAAAUCGCAAUAAUGAAAUUGAUUGAACAUCCAAAUGUUCUUGGGCUAUAUGAUGUUUAUGAAAACAGGAGAUAUUUGUUUCUUAUUUUGGAACACGUGUCUGGAGGGGAGCUAUUUGAUUAUUUGGUGAAAAAAGGUCGGCUUUCAACCAAGGAAGCUCGAAGAUUCUUUAAACAAAUUAUAUCUGCCAUUGACUUUUGUCAUAGUCACUGUAUAUGGCAAGUGCUGUGA